GAUGUUUCCUUAAUAGAACGGAAUAGAUAUCUAGAUAAAUGCCGUUUGCGAGGGCGUGUUUAUACUGAGGUAAAGCCACGUGGUUGCAACCCAGCCAAGUCUUUUCUUGAGCAAACCAGCACCAUGGAUGAGACUUUGGUGAGCAAGGCAGUAGCAGCACUCCAGACAUAUCACAGUACUGUGCAAAAGAAGAGCAAGCCUAAGCUGGUUGAUGAAGAUCCUCUUGUCUCCAUGGUGGUGGCACUCAAGAAGAUCCCUGACAGGACUGUCCGACCAUUGAGAGUGCCACUCCCACACACCCUCUACCCCGUCGCUGGCACUGACCUGUGCCUCAUCACUAAGAGAGAGAAAGGAGAAGCCAAGGAAUUCUUAAAAGAGAAGAAAGUCGAAGGCGUCAACAAGGUGAUUCCCAUCAGCAAGCUAAAGACUAACUACAAAUCAUUUGAGUCCAAACGUCAACUCUGCUCUAACUACGACAUCUUCUUGUCUGACAAACGUGUCUACCAGAUGCUCCCCCGAUUACUGGGAAAGAGGUUCUUCGAAAAGAAAAAGCUGCCAAUUCCUGUGGACAUGUUGAAGAAAGAUUUGGCACUGGAGAUUCAGCAAGCUAGAAACUCCACCUACCUACACAUUGGUCUAGGCUCGUGCUGCAACGUCUCCAUUGGAAGGGUGGGGUUCACUUGUGAGCACCUGGUCACUAAUACACUAGCGGCAAUUAAAGGAGUCUCCUCGCACAUUCCACGAGGACUACACAAUAUCCAAUCAGUUCAUCUGAAGACACCCGACUCUAUAUCCCUCCCUAUCUACAACUCCCUCCCUCCCCCUCCGGCCCUACUGCCAGCUGCCAGUGACGAAGGACCCCAAACCAAGCGAGUCAAGCUCGAUACCGACACUGAUAACGACUCCACGAUGGAGACAGAAAAAGGGAGUAGAAAGAGAAAGAUGAAUUCCAGUGACUUGCCUCUGGAGAGGUGCUUGGAAUUCGGUGAGGUCGACAAUUCAAGUGAAACUGAUAAAGUUGGCAAGGAAGAAACUGUUCCUAAAAAGAAGAGAAAGAUUUCAAAGCUCUCUGUGAAGAAGGUUCGGGGCAGCACUGUACAGAGUUCAAAGUACGAGAAAGCACUAAAACGAAAGACUAAACUUUAAUUCACUGACUCAAUUAGUUUGGUUUAGUUUACCUUUUGAUUUCGUUAGAUCAAUCUUUUUUGUGGUUUUAAUUGGAGUUAAGUUUAAUUAAAGAUCUUGGUCGCUUUCG